UAGCCAUGCACAUACUUCAACAAUGCAUGUAAUGCAGGACAGAGAUGACAGUCAUGAAAGCAAGGGUCCAGGAACCAGUCUCCAACUUUUCAAUUUGAUUUGAUAUUGCCAGAGACCAGCCAACCAAAGUCUGUAUUUUUCUAAUUGUUUCUCUCUAACAAUCACUGGCAGAUUGCUUGCUACUAGUAAUGAUGAGGAGAUCCUGGAUGUUUCAUGCAUUAUUCGUCUAAAUUAUCUAUCUCUACACAUUCCUCCUAUGAAAACCAAAACAAUCUGACAUCAAACAAGCUCUUCAAAGCGAGAAAAGAAUGAAGUUUCUAGGAUGGAUGCAGCAUAAGUUUCAGCAAAGUAAUAUUGAGCCUUUCAAGGAUUUCAGAAUUGGGAACUACUGCACCUGUCUUUCAGCUUAUUCAUCCUUCAAUGAGCAAGGCUCCCAUCCUAAGUCAACUUCCAGCGGUGGAUAUGGAUCAAGAUACACAACCCAGCGCAAACAGGAAAGUGAAAACUCCACAGAUUUCAAAGCUGGUGAAGUAGACAACUUUGGAGAUGACACAUCCACUGAUUUUCUGACCAUUGGAACUCUGGCAUCCGAGUGGGCUAUUGGCGAGCCUGUAACACCAAGAUUCACCAUGUUUUUGGAAAACAUAACCGAAGAAAAAACAGAGGUGACAGAAAAUGAUUUGAAGGUCAUCAAUGAUGAACUGGAGAAGUUCCUUGGGCCUGAAGCUGAAGAACAUGGGUCUCAUGAAUCAUCAGGAAGGAACAGUCUGGUUAGCGCAAUUGCACUUAAUGGUGAGCCAACGCAAGAAGUGAGUGCUGAAGAAUAUGGGAAGGCAAUUGUUUGUCCACUUCAAGGAUAUCUGUUUGGGUCUUCGAUAGAACUUCCAGAAACAAGAUUUCAGGUAAAGAAAGAAAAGGCAACACUUGCAGAACUGUUCUACGGUACAAAAAUUGCAGAAGAGAGUACUAUGGAAAAAUGUGGGAAAGAGGAAAUGCAGACCAAACAAACAAUUAAACCUCUCAAACAUUUCAUCAAGAAGAUUCUGAAAAUGGUUCAUGCUUCUUCAAGGAGUUCUAUCUCUUUCACCAAAGAAACUAAUCCUGUUUCAACCAAGAAAAAACUCCAAAAGGUGAGUCUUCUGUCUUCAGGGGCUGGAUUCUCUAACAACUUUAUAAGCAUUUUAAAGGAGGAGGACCUCAAUAAUGAAAAAUCCAAUGGUGCAUCCCUGCCUUCUGAAAACACAUAUUUUGUAGCAUUGAUAUUAGUCAAAAAGUCUACAAUAAUUAAAGAGUAUAAGGAGCAGAAGGUACAAGAAUCAUGUAUGCCCAUACCAUAA